AUGUUGGUGACUUCCACUGCCAGUCUCGAGAUCGGCUCAACACCUUCUGGGUCGGGAGGCCAUCACCACUUGGGAGGAAUGCCGAACUCCUCAGAACAGGUGAAGGUAGUGGAGGAGGGUCCUCACCUUGCGCUACAGUCACCUGGUGAUACAGAAGCAGUCCCGGCCGCAGCCACCAACUAUACCUGGUCGUCUCCACAGCCAAGCCACGAUCUGGAGCAACACAUCGCUAGACUUUCCGAACGGCGAGGAAGUCUUGCUCACGAGGCUGAGCUUCUAUGGGCGUGGCUAUCAGAGAAAGAAGCUCUUUAUUACAGCCAAUUCAAGUCAAUGGGAGAGUCCGACACGCCUGAAGCUCGAGAAAGACUGGCCUAUAUCAAACAACUGGGAGGUGCGCAUGCUGCGGUGUGGCGCGAAGUUACCGACUCGCACAAGAGGAUAGCGCAGCUACAAUCCCGGCUGGCUAGCGAUGCCGAUUGCGUUACCUGGCGUGCUGGGUGCUCAGAGGCAGCGCGUGAGGCGAAGCCAGAACAUGCUAUUCGAUCGUUGCAGAAACUUCAACGAAGCCUGUCUGAGCUUCUAAACUUCAGCCGCCAAAAUACAGCGGGUCCUAUGAAUUUUGUUAUCACCAAGACAGCUACUAUGUCUUCAGUGGAGGUGAUGAAUCCCAUACAGAACAAGAUGACUACGAAGAAAGAAGCCAUUGCAGACAUAGACAGAGAACUCGAGAAGGUCACGAAGCAGAUGGAACUGGAUAUCAAAGCGACCCGUCUGCUCAUAGCUGAUCUUGAAAGGGGACUGAAGUGA